UCGAAUUCGUAUUAUUUUAUUUUAGUAAAGCACAUUUUUUUUAAAGCAGUCAGUAAGCAAAUGUUACUGCUAUCGUAGCCCUCUAGCCAUCGUUAUUCUUAAUUUAUUUAGGAACUUGAAUUAAAUUAUAUAAGUUAAUUCUAAAAAAAACAAUUUCCAACACAUACUUUUUUAAUGUAAUAGAUAGGUUAAUAAUAUGUCAUUCCGAUUUAAUUUUGUUGGUGACGCAGACGUCGACGAUGAAAAAGUUGAAAAAAAAGAAGAUAAUAUUAAAUGGCAGGAGUGUGAAGAAGUUAUGCCAUCUAAACAACUCAAGGAUUUUGAUGAAAUGGUGAAACAUGCUAACAUGUUUACUUGUGGAGACAUAGAGAUCGGUCAUGUAAAUGUAAAUGAAGCUAUAGCUAACAUGAGUUUGGAAAACGCUUCAAAACUAGCAGAAGAAGAAAAUAGCGAUCUGGUAACUGGUAUAUACGAAGGUGGCCUUAAAAUUUGGGAGUGUACAAAAGACAUGCUUGAGUAUUUAGCAGACAAUGAAAGUAAAAUUAUAUUGAGAGACAAGAAGGUUUUGGACCUGGGAUGUGGGGCUGGUAUAUUGGGUAUAUACUCCUUUCUAAAAGGAUCAAAAGUAACAUUCCAAGAUUAUAAUAGAGAAGUCUUGGAAUAUGUCACAAUACCUAAUGUUAUUUUGAAUAUCGAAGACGAAGAUGCAUGGGAACAAGAAUUGAAGAAAUGUAACUUCUUUUCGGGCGAUUGGAGUUCUUUUAAUAAGAAACUUGGUGAUGAUGACAAGUUUGACAUUAUUCUUACUUCAGAGACGAUUUAUAAUGAAGAUAACUAUGAAAAACUAAUAAAUCUAUUCAUAAAGAGACUUAAGGAGGAUGGUGUUGUUUAUGUAGCUGCAAAGACAUGUUAUUUUGGUGUAGGAGGUGGCAUAAGGCAAUUUGAAAGUUCAAUCAAUAGUAAUAAAUCUCUUGAUUGUGAAGUCUGUUGGAAAAACACUCAUGGCAUUCAGAGAGAAAUAUUAAAAAUAACGCGAAAAUUAUAAUAAACCAUUUAUUAACUAAAA